AUGCGCACCCACGAGCCCUUCCUGGUAGGUGUUGGUGAGGGUAGGCUGUGGGGACCCAGGCUCAAGGAGGGCACUCAAGAGGCCCCAGGCACUACUUUGAUCCUGAUGGCUCCAGCCCUACCGCAGGAAGUGAGCUGUCAUGGAUUGUGGCUGCCCCCUUCCUGUUGCUGGGACACCUUUGUCCCUGUCAACAAAGGCUGUGGGGACUUGGUAGUCAGAGCCUCUGGGAACACAGAGGCAGACAUGGAGAACCUGAGGCGGGAGGCUACCCAGCCCUACGUCCCCUCGGGCACCCUCGAGCGUUACUUCCCGCCCCCCCUGAAUAGGUGGGUCCCUUCCCCCCACCCCUUAACCUGCAACCCUGGCGGCUGGUCUGCUGAGGCCUCCCAGGCGCACUAUGCACAGGGGCCCCCCGGACUGGCUGGGUUCUUCCCUCUUCCUCCUCCCAGAAGCCAGAGUGGCUUGUGCCUGUCAAACAAGUGCUUGGGAGGCAGGAGGAUCGCCAACAGUGAGCCCCGCCUCAAACAAGCAGGGGGAUCCUCAGGUGGGGGAGCGCAGAGGAGAGGCCGGACAGCGUGGGGUGACCUUGGCAAAGGGCGGAUGGGAAACCUGAGGCUGGGAGCAGCGGGCAUCCCGGCUCAGUGCCUGUCCUUCCUCAGUAAUGACUUUGUGGCCCGGAAGGGGCCCCAUUCGGCACCGGCCGUCAAGCAAGACAUGCGCUGGAAGUUCACGCCCAUGGGAAGGGAUGCGGUCGGCCAGGUGUGGUACACCGGCCUGACAAACUCGGCGCCACGCGAGGCCUGGUACAUGCUGCCCGCUGCGCUGGACAGCCCAUACCGUGAGGCCCACGCGCGCUGGAACGGCUGCUUCCAGAGGGGCCAGCGCGGCCUGCCUGCCGGCUACACACAGCACCUGCGGGAGACGGCCUUCUGGGACCCCGCGCUGCCCCCACAGUACCUCGCCACGGGCACGCGCUGGGGUUGCGUGCCGUGGAAGGACAGGCACAUCCGUGGCAAGGAGUUCGUGGCCAAAAGGAGCCAGUUCGGGGUGGAGCUGCCCUGGCAGUCCGAAUACGUGCCGAACCUGUCGCCGUCACUGCGGCCGCGCUACACCACGCAGGACUUCACGCAGCGGGCCGUGGAGCGCCGGUACCGGCCCACCGGCCAGCCGCUCGGGGCCAUCACGCCCACGUUCUGAUAAAGCCCUGCUGCCGACCCCUGCAUCCACAUGUCCCCAUGUCUGCGUCGACGGUUGGCAUGCCGUGCCCUCUGACCCCGAGCAGGUGGGGGCCGGGGUGUCUGCCUGGUAAUUAGUCUCGUCGGCCUGGGGAGCCAGGAGUCAGGGCCGGUCUCCAGGGUUCCCUGAAAUAAGGAGCGGGGUGGCAUUGGGAAGGGCGGGUCCCAGGCUGCACCCUCCGGCCCCCACCCAAGUCACAGUGAUGGAGACUCACAGGUCCGGAUGCGGAUGGGCCAGAUGAGGAGGCUGCAGAGAGCCAGGGCAGCGGCCACACCCACGCCGCCCGUCACGGCCGCCAUCACCCAGUGGUAGAAGCCGACGCAGGCCCCACAGCACAGCUCGGAACUAGGGGACAGAAGGGGGCUGAGGAACACAGGAGGGCCAGGCUGGUCCUUGGGGACUGCUGCAGUGUCCCCUGCGACAGUCUCCACGGCUCCCACCUCAAAUUCUGGGGAGGCCUGGGCCGACACGUGCCCCUUGGGCUCCGUCCUACCCCAAGGCCCUGUGCCUGCCCUGCCAUGCUCAACUGGCCAGGUUCUCAUGGACCCUGCCAGCCUCCUGCCCAGUCCCUGAGGGCACCCCCACCCCAAAGCUCAGCCCACUCCUGCACUAGCAGUGACUGACAAGGCUGGACUCGUCCUGGGCCAGCAAGGUGGCUCGGGAGCCACACUGUGAGGGCCUGGGUGCCUCUGCCUGCCAGCUGCAGCUGGGCCCAACCAGGCUGCGUCCUCAGCACCCAGCUCCCAAGAAACUCAGCUUGUUGAAUGAAUAAAACUGCCCAAAGUAAGGAA